CUUGACGUGGCUCCGCCGCCAUAUUGUUUUGCUUCGUUGUCACCGGAGCGGCGGGACUCACGGAUUUACGCUUUACGGUCAGACCCGGACUGAUUUGGACCAGAAGAACCCCCGGACUCAUCUGCACCAGACGGACCCCCCAGCUCCACCUGGACCAGAGGGAUCCCGAGAUUCACCUGGACCAGAGGGAUCCCGACAUUCACCUGGACCAGAGGGAUCCCCAGCUUCAUCUGGACUAGAGGGACCUCAUCUGUCAGCCUCAGGCGUCCCGUCUCCCUGCGUUGCCAUGACGACCUUCCCAGAGUACAUCGCCCAGAGCGAGGACCGGGACGGGGUCCGUCUCAGCUGGAAUGUCUGGCCGUCCUCCCGGUUGGAGGCGACCCGGAUGGUGGUGCCGGUGGCAGCGCUGUUCACCCCCCUGAAGGAGAGGACGGACCUCCCCCCGAUCCAGUACGAACCGGUCCUCUGCAGCCGGGCCACCUGCAGAGCUGUCCUCAACCCACUGUGCCAGGUGGACUACCGAGCCAAGCUGUGGGCCUGUAACUUCUGCUACCAGAGGAACCAGUUUCCUCCGUCCUACGCCGGGAUCUCUGAGGUCAACCAACCAGCUGAGCUACUGCCUCAGUUCUCCACCAUCGAGUAUGUGGUCCAGCGGGGCCCUCAGAUGCCGCUCGUCUUCCUGUACGUGGUGGACACCUGCAUGGAGGACGAGGACCUGCAGGCCUUGAAGGAGUCUCUGCAGAUGUCCCUGUCUCUGCUGCCCCCCACUGCUCUGGUGGGACUCAUCACCUUUGGACGCAUGGUCCAGGUCCACGAGCUGGGCUGCGAAGGGAUCUCCAAGAGCUACGUCUUCAGGGGGACCAAGGACCUGAACGCCAAGCAGCUGCAGGAGAUGCUGGGUCUGACCAAACCGUCAGCGGCUCAGGGACGAGGACCUCAACCCACUCAGCAGCCGCUGUCAAACAGGUUCCUUCAGCCGGUGCAGAAGAUCGACAUGAACCUGACCGACCUGUUGGGGGAGCUGCAGCGUGACCCCUGGCCGGUCACCCAGGGCAAACGGCCGCUGCGCUCGCUGGGCGUGGCCAUGUCCAUCGCUGUGGGCCUGCUUGAGUGCACCUUCCCCAACACCGGCGCUCGGAUCAUGACGUUCAUCGGUGGCCCGGCGACGCAGGGGCCCGGCAUGGUGGUGGGGGACGAGCUGAAGACCCCGAUUAGGUCCUGGCAUGACAUCGAGAAGGACAACGCCAAGUUCAUGAAGAAAGCCACUAAACAUUACGAGUCUCUGGCCAGCAGGGCGUCCUCUAAUGGACACAUCAUGGACAUCUAUGCCUGCGCUCUGGACCAGACCGGCCUCCUGGAGAUGAAGUGCUGCGCUAACCACACCGGAGGCUUCAUGGUGAUGGCCGACUCCUUCAACACGUCCCUGUUCAAACAGACCUUCCAGAGAGUCUUCACCAAAGACGUCCAGGGCUCCUUUAAGAUGGCUUUCGCCGCUACGCUGGAGGUCAAGACGUCCAGAGAGAUCAAGGUUUCAGGAGCCAUCGGUCCCUGUGUGUCUCUCAACGCCAAAGGACCCUGUGUCUCUGAAAAUGAGAUUGGAACUGGAGGAACCUGCCAGUGGAAGAUCUGUGGUCUGGAUCCAAACACCACGUUGGCUCUUUUCUUUGAGGUCGUGAACCAGCACAACGCUCCGAUCCCUCAGGGCGGCCGGGGGGCGAUUCAGUUCGUCACCCAGUACCAACACUCAUCAGGACAGAGACGCAUCAGAGUCACCACCACGGCCAGGAACUGGGCUGACGCUCAGACUCAAAUCCAGAACAUCGCGGCGUCCUUUGACCAGGAGGCGGCGGCCAUCUUGAUGGCGAGGUUGGCGGUGUAUCGGGCGGAGACGGAGGAGGGACCGGACGUCCUCAGGUGGUUGGACAGACAGCUGAUCAGACUGUGUCAGAAGUUUGGAGAUUACCACAAAGACGACCCAAACUCCUUCAGGUUCUCUGAGACCUUCUCCCUCUAUCCCCAGUUCAUGUUCCACCUGCGUCGCUCUCCCUUCCUACAAGUGUUCAACAACAGUCCAGAUGAGAGUUCCUACUACAGACAUCACUUCAACCGCCAGGACCUGACGCAGGCCCUCAUCAUGAUCCAACCUGUUCUUUACGCAUACUCCUUCAACGGGCCGCCAGAGCCCGUCCUGUUGGACAGCAGCAGCAUCCUUCCAGAUCGUAUCCUGUUGAUGGACACCUUCUUCCAGAUCCUCAUCUACCACGGAGAGACCGUGGCUCAGUGGAGGAAGGCUGGUUACCAGGAGAUGCCCGAGUAUGAGAACUUCCGACACCUCCUCCAGGCUCCGGUGGACGACGCCCAGGAGCUGCUGCAUACUCGCUUCCCGAUGCCCAGAUACAUCGACACGGAGCACGGUGGCAGCCAGGCCCGUUUCCUGCUUUCCAAAGUCAACCCCUCCCAGACCCACAACAACAUGUACGGCUGGGGGCAGGAAUCUGGAGCUCCCAUCCUGACGGACGACGUCAGCCUGCAGGUGUUCAUGGACCACCUGAAGAAACUCGCCGUGUCCAGCGCCGCCUGACUCCCCCUGACCCGACUCCACCCGACUGCAUCAUGUUUGUUUGCAUCUGCUGCCUGACAUUUGCAUUGGUUUCCAUGGCAACCCACACAGCCGUGGUGUCGGCCAAUCAGCAACUGGUUUACAGACGGCCACUAGUUAAAGACAAAGCCUCGUGAACAAUAAAAUAAAAAAACAGUGUUCAAAAUAACUCCCUCUGUGAUGUAAUGAAGAGCAGCAACUGUCCUCUACACCUGAAACUGAAAACAGUACCCACAAUCCUCUCUGCUCCACCCUGUCAUGCUGGGCGUCAUUAGAAACUAGAGAAGCUACACGGCGCUAACCAGCUAGCCUCAUGCUAACGGAGAAAACACGCAGACUAACUUUGAAUUUUCAGUCAUUGUAGAAUGUGAUGAUGUCCAGGAGAAAUAAAAUGUCCAAAGGUUGAAUUGUGUG